AGUCCUUGAUGUAACAUGGAGGCAGGACUUGUUUCACGUAUUACGACUGAGCUGGUACUCUUCCUGUUGACUACAAUGUCAGAGCAACAAGAAGAGCAUGAUAGCUUGGUGCACGUGAAAGCUAAUGAUGCAUUUCACAAGAAAAAACUACAGAAGGAAGAUGAGUCCUUGGAACUGUCUUACCCACUGCUUGCUGGAGAAUAUGUGGAAUAUCUGGGGAAGGCCUGCGAUGCCAUCAUCAGUAUUUCCAACUUCCGUUUAAUGAUACGCUAUGCGGAUUCAUUUGACAAUGUGCCUUUACAAUUGAUUGAAUGUGUUGAGCUUCGUGAUAUGAACUUCUUACACAUUCUGUGCAAGGAUGCCCAGUCUGUCAGGUGCAAGUUUUCAACCACUGAUAAAUGUCGAACUUGGGCUCAUCGUAUUUCCAAAGCCAUCCGAGCACCAGCCAAGUUGGAGGACUUGUUCGCGUUUGCAUUUCAUGCUUGGUGUUUUGAUGAAGGUAAAAGCGAUUUACCUACUCCUGGAUUAAAAUUCUUUCAACAACAAAAAGAGAAUCGGUCCCAAUUUAUAUUGGAUGCAGAGGCUGAGCGGAUGGAGUUUGAUUUGCAAAACACCUGGAAAAUAUGCAAUAUGAAUCGCGAUUUCUCGUUAUGUUCCUCCUAUCCCAAGAAACAUCUUAUACCAGCUUGCAUUUCCAAUGAUCAGCUGAAGACAGUUGCCAAUUUCAGAUCCAAUAAGCGGUUUCCUUCUGUCGUUUGGAGAAACAAGUCGAAUGGUGCAGUGAUUGUCCGCUGUAGCCAGCCUGAGGUGGGUUGGUUAGGCUGGAGAGACACUGAAGAUGAGAACAUGCUACUAUCCAUCCUGGAGGCUUGCAAAGCGGACCGUGGGAGGCGCUCUAGACACAUGAGCAUGGAGGAUGAUGGUGGAGGUGGGACAAGUAUGAAGGAGAAUGAUAUAGCAGCUGGUGAUAGUAGUGACUCAAUUGAUCCAGGCAGAGAGUCUGCAGGCUACAGCUCGGACAAGAAGAACAUGCUGCUGCUGGAUGCAAGGUCUUAUGCUGCAGCAGUUGCUAACAGAGCCAAAGGUGGAGGCUGUGAAUGCUCAGAGUACUACCCAUGUUGUGAGAUUCAAUUUAUGGGACUACCAAACAUUCAUUCAGUACGCAAGACAUUUCACUCGGUUAGACACAUGUGCUCCAGCUCUGAACAUCAACCUAAUUGGUUGUCGUCCUUGGAGAAUACUAAGUGGUUGCACCAUUUGUCGUUGCUUUUGAGCUCUGCGAUGAUUAUCGUGAAUGCUAUACAUAAGGAGCAACGUCCGGUGGUCGUACAUUGUUCCGAUGGUUGGGACCGAACACCACAGCUGACCGCUCUUUCGCAAUUAUUGUUGGAUCCUUAUUAUAGAACUGUUCAGGGUUUCCAAGUUUUAGUGGAAAGGGAGUGGCUAGCUUUUGGGCACAAGUUUGCUGAUCGUUGUGGACAUGCUAAACAGAAUGAUGAUGCGAAUGAGAGAUGUCCAGUGUUCCUCCAGUGGUUGGACUGUGUACAUCAGAUACUUAAACAAUUCCCAACAGCCUUUCAGUUUAAUGAGACGUUCUUGGUUAAGCUUGUUAAGCACACAUUUUCUUGCCUUUUUGGAACAUUCCUGUGUAACAGUUCUAAAGAACGAGAACAAAAUGACGUCAAAGAUCGAACUUGCUCUGUAUGGUCUAUACUGGAAGUGGAAAGCCAUAAGUAUAGGAACUAUCUCUAUGCACCAGAAGUUACCAAUAAGGUGCUUUUUCCAGCUUGUAAUAUUCGCAAUCUUCAUUUAUGGGCCAAUGUUUACAUGUCUGAUUCUGUAGCUACAAGUCCUGAUGAUAUCACUCCUACCGGUCCUGCACCUGAUGUCCAGAUGGCUGAUGCCUCUCAAUUACCUAGAACCAAAUCUUGUGAUGAUAUCUCUAAAGCCGUUAAUGAGAUAUCGGAAGGGAAAGAGACUUCUAAAGAGAUAUCAAACCUUCACCGAACAUCCAGUGAUCCCAAUCUGAGUGACAUCAGAUCCGAAUUGAGCAUAGGGGUGUCACCGCCCCGGAGAGGUUCUGAUAUCUCCCCUGAAGCAUUACGCAAGAACAUCAACAACCUGGAGUUACAAAUGAUGGCAGAGACCAGUAUUGAGGAAGACGCUGCAAAGAAAGACACGGAAAGUGAACCAAGUGUUAAACAGCUGUCAAACACUGUUAUAACAACAAAUGGAUUUUACAAAAAUGACGAUGAGGUUGAUAAUUCUUUUGAUUCUACAAACCAUAAUGGCCACGUACCUAAUGGAAUAGCAAAUGGUAUUGCUACCAGCAUGGCUGGUUUUGAUGGAUCUCCUAAGGAUUGUGCAAAGAUUCCUGGCAAAGCCUUCAGGACCUCACUUGAUGCCCAUCUAGAAAGUUCCACAGAGACUCUAACUGAAGAGGUAGUUAAUAACCAGGUGCCUGAACAAAAUGGACUUAAAAACGGGCAUAUUGAUGAAAUUAGUUUGGGUACUAAUGGCUUGUUGAAAUCUAAAAGCUCAACUAUAAGCACAAGCACCACAGAUAUUAGUGAUUCAACCAUAGGAUUACUGGACUCUAUAGAUAAAAAUCGCACUAUAGAUUAUGAAAGAGAAAUGUAUAGCAAAUCCGAAAUAUUUUAUAAAUCUUACCCGCCGCUGUCUAUUAAAACUAGCAAGUCAUUUUACAAUGGCAGUAACACAAGCCAUGCACGAAACCUAUCCGGCUCAAGCCUGCUUAGUUCAGCUUCCGAGUAUUCAACGCCAAACGCCAGUCCUCGGUGUGAACUUAACGGUCACGGGGGAAGUUUAGAUAGUCAUAGGUCAUGUGUCAAUGGCAGCACACCGAGCAUGUUACGAAUUGGUAGACAUCUUGAUGAGGACGGUCUGACUACUGUGAAAGAUCCUUACCAGAAUCAAAUGUUAGCAAUGGAACGGCAGCAUCGCAGGAUAAUUGAGGAGUAUGAAACCAAACUGAAACAACUGAAGCAUUUACUCAUUUCUAAUCGUAAUUUCCAAUUUGACAGAAGUUUUGAGCCUGAAUUCUCUAGUGAAGAGGCUCACGCAAACACCUCACGCUGUGAUUCCAUCAAAUCGGAUGUCUCGUGGGAAGAGAUAGAUGAAAAAGAUGGCAUGCCGGUUCUUUGGGUACCGGAUCACGCUGCUACUGAGUGCACAGGAUGUCAGGCUAAGUUCCAACUUUGGAACCGCAAACAUCAUUGCCGAGCGUGUGGAAAGAUAUUCUGUGGAUCAUGUAGUAAUUACUAUGCACCCAUUCCAGAGGAGCAACUUUUCAAGAAAGAACGUGUGUGUCAGGCCUGUAAUGAUAAACUAGGAAAUAUGAAUUCCUUAUUUAAGGUUAGCCAAUCAAAAACAGCCAUUACAACAGCCAAUGGUUAGCCAAUCAAAAACCACUUUUAACAACAGGCAAGUGGUUAUCUGAUGAAAAACAGGUAUUACAACUGGCAGAUGGUGUAUCAUGAUAAUCCAUUCUCAAUAUGAAAUGAAGUAAAACCAACACAAGAUUUAUGAAAAUUUCUCAAUUAUAGUCAAAACUGGAUUUAUAUCCAAGAAAUAUGGAUUCUUAUGAAAACCAAAAGCAUGAUAAAUAAUAAAACAAAUUUUAAAUAAUUUAAGAAUUGUUUUUACUCCCAAUGGCUAAGCCAGGAGAUGUUGAGAGUAUGUCUGAAUUUUGCCUAACAGCAAUUCUGAUUGGUAUAUGAAUAUUUUUUUCAUUUAUAGGAAAAAAUUGUUAUUUUUUGACUUAAUAAAUUUGACUUUAUAUUAAAGUCAUUAUGUGGCUUGUACGAUAGCUGAUGGAAAAAGUAUUACAGUGUUGAUUUCCAGUUCCCAUUUGGGACCAUAACUUUAAUUUUUUGCCAUCUGCAGACAUUUUUAAGCAUUGUGCAUAUGUUUCCUGUAGCAGAUGAGAUUUGCAGUUGGCUAUAACUCCAGUGAAGAUUCUUACCAGCGAAACAAAAAAAUAUCUAAGUAAAAAUAAUUUAAAAUAGAAUGAAAUCAAUAUAUGUAAUAAAUGAUGAAAAGGGCCAAAGAAAUUGUUUUUAUGGAAAGCAAGCCUUAAAUUUGAGAGUGUCAAUAUUUUAGAAAGUACUCCACACCCUGAAGAUUUUCCCUUACCCUAACAGAUUUCUUUCCAAUAAUAUAUAAUACUUUACUCUAAUAUAUAGCGCUAUUUGAUCUACAUUAAAGCGCACAAUUAUCACCACUGUUCUUCUAGAUACAUUAAAAACCUUGUACCUUCUCUGGAGUCCUAGUAGUGCCGGAAGAGGAGCCAGAUGGGAUCAGAGAGAGAACUCACUUGCACUAAGGCUUUUAUUCUGGGACCCUGACCGGAGGUCCUACAUGGUCCCUUGCUUCAGAACCCUUGUCCACUAAUUUCUGGACUCGCCACUAAGCAGUGCAGCUAAAGCCUGGUUUCCAUAAAAUCGCUACACGGCGAUGGCAUGGAAACGCACGACAUCUGUGACUAUUAGGCCUAGAAAAAGAGAACAACUUGCUGGAGAUAAAACUCCUGUUUGGCCUACCUUAGAGGGCUUUCGUUCGGGUGGGAAAUGUUCUUCUUAGUGUAGCAAUUGCUAAAACCACAGUGUAGCUAUUUUCAUAGAAACCAGGCUAAAUUUAGCACCAAAUUCCAAAUAUCCUACCAUUUAUGAAGCAAGACUUAUACCCCUUUUACACUGCUAGGAGGUUUAAUUUGAAAAGUGUCUAGGCCUAGCCUAGCGGUUCUGGAAUGCACCCGGGUUGUCCAACGCUGAAUGCGUCCUGCACAUCGAUCCCGGGCUGUUUGGCAACCCAGGUUGUAUUUUUUGCCAUUUACAACCACAACUCGGGAGAUUUAACCCGGGUAUUGGAAAAUCCCGGGUUAUGUCUGGAAUUUUGCUUGCAGUAUAAAAAGGGUAUUUUAGUGCUCUGAUCAAGGACACUAGACCAGUCUCAGCAACAUUUUAAUUGAAAGGUCAAAGCUUUGUCCACACUAUCCAGUAUUUUAUGCCCAAAAUGGGCAAAAAGAUGCCCACUUAACCCAUAUACAAUAUAAGCAAAUCAAAUGUAUAUUUUAUAUAAUAUUUGAUCGUGCAGGCAGUUUUGCCAUUGUGCCACACCCAAUCCCUCCUAACCCCACAAUACAUCCAGUAUCCCCAGUCAUUGGUGUACAGUUAACAACUUUACAUUAAGAUGACUUUUCACAUAGUGAAUGUUAUAAUGGCCCCGUUUUGACAUUUUGGGUGUAUGUACUUAUUGUCAGCUACUGGUAUCUAAUUUAAGAUUUAAUGAUCUAACAAGGUAUUUUUUUACUUGUUGAGCAGCCUGUAUUAUCAAGCCUUGGCUAGAAAACAAAAUAUUGUAGAUGAAAUAUUAUAUAUUAAUGUGUAAUUAAUAGUCAAUAUGUUUAUUUCCUAUUUCGUUUCAGUUUUUAUCAAUUUUAGUAUAUUCAGUACCAAUAGGAUCUGUUUUUUCUUCAAAAAUUUUCAAGAGUUUCUAAAUUAAAAAAAAAACAUCAAUAAUACUUUAAGGUAAUCAAAAUGACAUUCCACACAAAAUUCUAAUUGAAUUAUAUUAAUUUUCCUUUAGCAAUAUUCAUUUAUUUAGAUAACCAACAUCAUGUAUUCUGUCAUCGCCCUUUAAGAAAAAAAAAAUGUUAUGUUUCUAGUAUAUAUUUUGUUGUUUAUAUCAAUGUAUAAUGUAUUAUCCUUUCAGAGGUUUCUUAUUUCUUAUUUAAUUUAUAAAGUGUGCAAACGAAAAAAAAAAAUAAUUUGGUUAAUGCAGCUUAGGAAUUGCACAAGAGCAGCCAAAGAAUAUAUAAAGUGUCAUUUGGAAAAUCCUGAUAUGUCUUGCCCAUGUUUAAUCAGGCCAAUUUAUGACAUUAAAAUAAAAUUAUACACAAUAUUUUUGUUAAGCGUGUGUGAAUACGAAAAGCUACAUUUUCAGUAAGUAAUACUGUAUGUACAAAACAAUUUCAUUAUAUUUGUGUUCAUAUUAUUAGUACUGUAUAAUUAUUAUGGUACUAUUCUUAUUGGUGUUAUUAAAGUUUCUUUGUUAGUGUUUUGUUGUAUUCAAAUUGUUAGGUGUUAUUAUAUUAACACAUUUUUCCAACACAACAUUUACAAUACUUGACCCUUGACCCUGUCUGUGCUUAUCCCGUAGUAGGGAGCUUUCGAUUUGUGCGACGAUGCAACGCUAGAACGGAAUCACUCAUGCGUGACCGUCCUACCUGGCAUCCUACGAUCUCUGCAUACAUAGAUUUGGCCAAAUUGCGUUCCAGAAUCUACUCGACGAGGUGACUUUAACAUCCUCGCAUGCGCAGAUGACUUUUAGUAAUGUCAUUACGUUCUACAUCCUACCAUGGAGGGUCCUACAGUCACACUGUAAACUGUAAAACACAGAACACUGAGCCUGUCUAUGCCACGCCUUACUCUAUAAUUGAUAUUUAUUCAGCAUCACAAUGACACCCUGUAGCAGGAAAGGCUUGAAAUCAAAAACCAUUAGACUAGAAAAUAUUUAUUAAUUUGGAAAAAUAUAUUUGGCAACAAAAGGUUAAACAUUACAGAAACUCUUUGGGAAUAUAUACAAUAGAAAUUAUGGUAGAUUUAUAACAUGGGAACUGUCUGUUCAGCUAAUAUAAGUGAAGAAUAUAAUUCUUUAUUAGCAUUGGUUUGUAUAUUUAAGUUAUUAACUAUUAAAAUAGAACAAGAAAAUAUUUUUUUUUGCCAAUUAACAAAUGGAUAAAAAUACCCUUUUUGUGUAAAUUAAGUAAAGUUUUACUAGAAUGCUUGAGGGUCUUUCCAUAUUUUAUAAUAGAAAGUACAGUACAUCUUUAAGCACAAGUACUGUUAUUUCUCUAACAUAAAUGGUGGUAGUCUCAUAUCAUAUUACAGUAUUUGUGUUGGAUGAAGUAUUAUUAAAAAUUCAUACUUGGUUUCAGUAAAUUAACUUACUACAUGGUUACCAAAUUAGAUAAAUAUUUUAUGUUUGAAAUUUCAAUUAUUGUAACAUUAUUUUUAGGAAAUUAUAAUAAAAGUACAUGUUUAUAUGAAAUUUAUAAAGCAAUAUGUUAAAUUAUAUUAUUUUUUAAAAAUACGAACUUCUAAAGGAAUGGCAUAACCGAUAUAUACUGUAGCUUAUUUUUAGUUCUAGUUGUCAAAUUCAUUUUUUUCUUGUGUAACAUAAUAAAUUGUCAUUAAUUUCCUUUUUUGCAAUUAAUUGAAUGUUGUUUAAUUGAUAAACAAUUUCUGAUUGGAAAUUAAGACCAGUUUGUCCUAUGGUUGAUUUAGUUCGGAGGUAAACAUUUACAGAAAAGGAAAUUGGUAUAAGCAAUAUUUCGUCACAUUAUUUAAGCGUUGAUUUCUCUUGACCAAAAAGGGAAUAAAGAUUGAAUGACAUUUGUUGUAAUCUGAAACAAUUUGUAAAUAUAAAUUGUUAACAGUUUUGUUAAUACAGCAUGUGUAAACUUUCAUUUGAUUCACUUUAACACAGAGCCUGUCCUCAACGUCAUAUAAAUAAGAUUUCAAAUAAAUAUGUAUUAGAAAAAAA